CAGACAUCCGUGUUACCAGCCUUGUCGCAGCCAACGCAAGAAUAAUCACCACUUCUGUCUAAACGACUGAGGAGAAGUGCUUGCAAAAGGGUAAAACUGUCCCAACAUGGGCAUGAGUAGCUUGAAACUGCUGAAGUAUGUCCUGUUUUUCUUCAACUUGCUCUUUUGGUUCUGUGGCUGCUGCAUUCUGGGCUUUGGUAUCUACCUCCUGAUCCACAACAACUUCGGGGUGCUUUUCCAUAAUCUCCCCUCCCUCACACUGGGCAAUGCGCUCGUCAUCGUGGGCUCCAUUAUCAUGGUGGUUGCAUUCCUCGGCUGCAUGGGCUCCAUCAAGGAGAACAAGUGCCUGCUUAUGUCGUUCUUUGUCCUGCUGCUGAUUAUCCUCCUUGCUGAGGUGACCUUGGCCAUCCUGCUCUUCGUGUAUGAACAAAAGCUGAGUAAUUAUGUGGCUGAAGGCCUGAAUGACAGCAUCCGGCGAUACAACUCAGACAACAGCACCAAGGCAGCGUGGGACUCCAUCCAGUCAUUUCUGCAAUGUUGUGGUGUAAAUAAUGCGAGUGAUUGGGGCAAAGCCCACCCCUCAUCUUGCCCUCCAUAUCCAGAAGUUCAGGGUUGCUAUGCAAAAGCAGAACAGUGGUUUCACUCCAAUUUCCUGUAUAUUGGAAUCAUCACUAUCUGCGUGUGUGUGGUAGAGGUGUUGGGGAUGUCCUUUGCGCUGACGCUGAACUGCCAGAUUGAUAAAACCAGCCAGGUCCUAGGGCUGUGACCUGCCGCUGCCUUGUCCUGGAGAGACUUGUUUCAUCUCUGGAAAUCUCAAACCACUUACCAUGUGAAACCCUAAACGACUACCUUUUGGACUGGCAUCUUUGUUCCCCUCCUAUCUCUUCCUUGUAUUGGCUCCUGUCUCAUAAAACCAGAGAAGAGGGUGCUGGCAGUCAUUUCCCACCUCAGGCAGCAAGCCAGUCAUUCACUCACUCAUGUCAGCAGCCAUGUCUCUCAAGGUGUCGACACUGACACCUGAACAUUUUUCAAAUGUGAGAGGCUAAGAGAACCUGUGGCACUAAUGGCUCCAGGUCAAAGGAUGGGUCUGGGACUUGAAUUUCUGCAUUUUCCCAUUGUCAAACAAAUCUCUAGCCUCUAAAUCAUGCACAGUCCACUCUCCAAAGUCAACCAAGAAACCAGUUGAAGGGAGCUCUGGGGCCAGACUCACCAGAUCAUUGUCACAACCCUCUGUUUCCUUUUGACUAGAGGCCUUGGUCACAGUAUGACAGAGCACUUUUUCUUCAAAGGGCAAGGUUUCAUUUCAAUUUCCUUAUUAAAGGACUUUAUUGAUUCAUUCUAAGUCUUUUCAGAAGAAAUGAUCCAGAGAUUUGUAUCCUGACUCCAGCCAAUCUCUCAGCCUUUGAUUUACAUAACUAUGGAGGAACUCAGCAGGACCAGUAUCUAUGGUGGUUUAGUUGACAAUCACAUUCAAAAGAGUUCUAGUGUUAUUUCUCUAUCACACAAAGUUUUAUUAAUGUACUAUUUUAAAUAUUCAAUAAAUAAAAUAGCUAUGAUCUCAA